AUGUCGACAUCAGCAGCCUCGCGGCGCCAGCAAUUUAUGCAGACCUCUGGCGCCACAGACGCCGUGUGGGUGCACAAGGACAAGUAUGCAAACCGCCCACAGUUCCAACAGCUCAAGGACGACCUGGAGACCGAGGUCUGUAUCAUAGGAGCUGGUAUAUCCGGCAUCUCAGUCGCUUAUGAGCUCGUCUCUCGUGGCAAAGAUGUCGUCCUAAUCGAAGCCCGAGACGUGCUCUCCGGUGAGACUGGAAGAACGAGUGGGCAUUUGGCCAACGCCCUCGAUGACCACUACAUACACGUCAAAGAGAAGCACGGCAAUGAGGGAGCCCAGGCUGCCGCCGACAGCCACACCUGGGCCCUCGAACGAGUCGGCGAGAUCGCAAAGAACCUCAGCAUCGACUGCGAGUAUCGUCGCGUCCCCGGCUACGAAAUCUCGCAAUACGAACGAGACGACAAGCGUCAUGCCGAAGAUCUGAAGGAGCUCAAGGCCGAAGCCGAGAUGGCCAAAGACCUCGGCUUGAGGGCUGUCUUCCAAGAAGGCCUCACCAUCAAAGGAUGGGAUGGCAAGCCCGACCAGCGAGACGGGGUGGUCUUUUUCGAUCAAGCCGCCUUUCACCCUACCCUCUACCUGGUCGGCAUCAUGAAGUGGCUUCACAAGCAGCCCAACUUCAAGUGCUACACCCACACUCGAAUGAUGACGGCUGAAGAAAAGGGCAUCGAAGUCUUGGGCAUUGGGCAGAAGAGCGUGCAGGUAAAGACAGAGGGCGGCCAGACCAUCCAGUGUGCCUACGCCGUGGAGGCCACGUGCAUCCCUCUGCAGAAGAUCAGCGUCAUCGUGGAGAUGGAGUACAUGCGCACGUACGCCAUCGCGAUCCGCGUGCCCAAGGGCUCUGUGGAAGACUGCUUCAUCUACGACUCGGCCGAGGAGUACAAGUAUGUCCGCUUGACCGCCUGCGACGACAAGGACGACUACAUGAUCGUCGGCGGCUGCGACCACAAGGUCGGCCAGGAAGGGCCCGAGAACCGCUUCCAGGAGCUCGAAGACUGGGUCCGCGAGCGCUUCACGCAGGCAGGGUCGGUGGAUUACAAGUGGAGCGGCCAGGUCAACGAGCCGGUCGACUACAUGGCUUUCAUCGGCAAGAACCAGGGCUGUGAUCGCAUCUUUGUUAUCACUGGCGACUCGGGCAACGGCCUGACCCAUGGUGUGCUGGCCGGCAAGCUCAUCGCGGACGAGAUCGAUGGCAACGCGGAUCCCGCGUGGGCCAAGCUCUACUCCCCGAGCCGACUAGCAUCUAUUGCCAAAUCUGCCGUUUCCAUGAUCAAGCAUGAUGUCCAGGUCAACUUGCAGUACAAGAGGUUCCUCGAAACCGACAUCACCGAUAUUGAAGACCUCGUGCCGGGACAGGGCGCUGUGCUCAAUCCAAAGACAUCGAAGCCCGUUGCUGUCUACAAGGAUGCGAACGGCCAGGUGACCAAAAUGAGCGCGUUGUGCCCCCAUUUGAAGGGUGUCGUGUGCUGGAAUCCGGCAGAGAAGUCAUUUGACUGCCCCAUUCAUGGGAGCAGGUUUUCGGAGACUGGCGUCUGUGUGAAUGGGCCAGCGAAGGCCAAUUUGCCGCCAGUGGAGGCUUAA